GGAUCUCCCCGUCGCACGGCAAUCCUCUUCUCAAACCCCAGCCAAAGAAACCUCCGAGGAAAAAAAUUAAUCCGAAUCCCAUCUCCCCAAGCUCCAAAGCCCCCAGAUUUCUUUUCCCUCGGAAAUCAUAACCCUAGAAUUUCAUCGACAGAGAACAAGAGUUCUUCUCCUCCCGCCCUUGGCUCGCUUUUUUCAUCGCAGCCGAAGGAGGAGCCGCGGAAGGUGAUCCAGGUAUCGGGAGCUAGGGGGAGAUGUCUUCGUCCUCGGGGCAGCCGCAGUUCCGGUACACGCAGACGCCGUCCAAGGUGCUCCACCUCCGCAACCUGCCGUGGGAGUGCACGGAGGAGGAGCUCGUCGAGCUCUGCAACCCCUUCGGCAAGAUCAUCAACACCAAAAGCAACGUCGGUGCCAACCGAAACCAGGCUUUUGUCGAGUUUGCAGAUCUUAAUCAAGCAAUUUCGAUGGUUUCAUAUUAUGCUUCUUCAUCUGAGCCUGCACAAGUUCGUGGUAAAACUGUUUAUAUCCAGUAUUCAAAUAGGCAGGAAAUUACAAAUAAUAAGAGCUCUGGAGAUGUUGCUGGGAAUGUCUUGCUUGUCACUAUUGAAGGUGUUGAAGCUGGCGAUGUUAGCAUAGAUGUCAUUCAUUUGGUGUUCUCUGCCUUUGGAUUUGUGCACAAAAUUGCUACCUUUGAAAAGGCUGCUGGUUUUCAGGCAUUAAUUCAGUACAGUGAUGCAGAAACUGCUUCAAAUGCAAGAAAUGCCUUGGAUGGAAGAAGUAUUCCAAGAUACUUACUUCCGGAGCAUGUUACCUCUUGCCACUUGCGUAUCUCAUUUUCUGCACACACAGAUUUGAAUAUCAAGUUCCAAUCACAUCGUAGCAGGGAUUACACAAACCCUUAUCUUCCUGUAAACCCCUCAGCGAUUGAGGGAACUUUACAGCCUACAUUGGGUCCAGAUGGACGGAAAAAGGAGCCUGAGAGUAAUGUACUUUUAGCUUCUAUUGAGAAUAUGCAAUAUGCAGUGACAGUUGAUGUUCUUCAUAAGGUGUUCUCGACAUUUGGUACCGUGCAGAAAAUUGCAAUUUUUGAGAAGAAUGGUGGAAUGCAGGCUUUAAUUCAAUAUCCUGGAAGGCAUGCACGCAUGCAUGAUAACAGAUGAUUCUGAUAUGCUGAUAUACUUGUAUGGGUAAAUUUUGUUGAGUCAUGCUUCUGUUGGUCUGUUUUUUCAAGCCAUGGUAAGACAUGUAAUGUUUGCAUGAUAUUCCUUUGUCUAUUUGUUUGGUCUAAAACUCUUUAUGUUUGUUUAGAGUCUGAAUAACAUCUUAUUAGCCUUUCUCCGAAGUUUUUCACCGUUAAAUUUUAACUGUUCUCUUUUGGGAAAAAAAAAGCGGCAUUUGGGUUGUGUGAUUGGUUUAUUUGCCCCAGGAUGUUACACAUUCUUUAAAAUCUUGCUAUCUGUGACAAAUUUCUCUUUCUUUAAGCCUUUCCAAGAAAUGAGGGGCUGAUAUGUGCUUACUUGUUAAAGCAUGCUGCCAUUCUGGGUUUCGAGAAAUCCAUGACAUAGAAACAUUUGUUUGCUACGGAUAACAAGGUGAAGAAUGGAAAGGGAUUUUACUUUAGCCAAAAUUUUGAAAAAAAAGAAGGGUUGUUAAUGCAGGACAACCCUUCGGAACCUGAUAUGCAAUGUCACACACUUUCAAUGAAAUCCAAGCUUUUAUAAUGAUGUGAAACUGAUUCCAAUAUGAUAGUUAAUUUAGUGAUCUGGAAGUUAAAUUCAGGGACUUCUAUUCCCAGUACAUAAACUAGAAGUUAAUUUAGAUGCAAAGAGGAUUUAUGAAAGUCAUGCCAUGUAUACAGGUUGCUGAAAAUAAACAUCAGAUGAUGGUUAGUAGACAACUAAACACAGUCCAUGAACAAAUAUAAUGUAAAUUUUCAUUAAUUACAGUAAUUUAUGAUGAUUGUUGUCCAUUCUUUCAGCGUGAGCUGAUAACAACUAUCUGCAAUGGUCCAAGCUUAUUCCUGUUCCUUGCUGUUGGAGCAUGUAUGGCUGCCCUGCAGCUGAAUGCUUCCCUUGUGUUGAGGGUGUUGCUUACAACAAGGACUUUCAGGAACUAAUUUAGGGUUAAUAUGAAUAAGAAUCUCAAAGAUUAAUUUCAAAGUUAUCAGAACAAAGCAGAUCAGAAAAUUGCGUAGCUUAAUGCAAUCAAAAGGAUCACAAGGUGAUAAAUUUGCAUCACCAUUUGGUUGCACUUCUGGAGGUUCAGCGGGGGAAUAAAGGAACUUUUAAGGCUUCAAGAAAGGAACAAGGAGGUCCUUUGGAACAGCAGACCUGGCCAGACCCUGUAGAGACUGGUUCCAGCCAGGCAGGUACUCCAAUAAAGCCUGUUUUCGAUGGAUGAGGCUGCUGCCAUGUUAAACACAGAUGGGUGAUUGUUGGGAAAGCUUAGUUCACCGUGAUUGGAUUGGAAACAAGGACAACUGAAAACAAUAAAAAGAAUGCAAUGAAAAGCUACAUGAAGAAAGCUAUGGUCUCCGAUCUCACAUUGGUGGCUGGGGACUAACUCCCAGGGCUUCACACCUGCAUCCACGUUUCACACACAACUACACUCAAACACACAACUACACACGGAAAAGAACAUAGCUUCAUCGAGAGGAAAGUAUGCACAUGAUAUAAAAUGGAAAUAGGGGAACAAGCCAACCCAUAUGAAGGGCUAUUCCUUUUCUAAUGCUCAAAUUUCCCUUGUGCUUCUUAAGCAUGCUGACUAAAUUAUUCACAACUUAUUUCACACUAAAACUAAAAGAAGGGACU